AUGUUGCGUAAAUACCGUCCGCUUUUCCGCGGCCUCUCCAGAGCCUACUCUACGGCGCCACUGGACAUUGGGUUUGUCUUUGACAUUGACGGGGUGUUGAUUAGGGGCGGCAAGUCCUUGCCACACGCGCUUCCCGCUUUGCAACUCUUGGAAAGGCUUAAAGUGCCGUAUAUUUUGCUCACGAAUGGUGGGGGAAAGUCGGAACUGACCCGUGUGAGAGACUUGUCGGCGCGAAUCGGCACUCAGUUGCACCCGGCGCAGAUUGUGCAGUCGCACACGCCGUGCAAAGCGCUCGUGAACGACCCCCAGUUCGAACGUGUGUUGGUGAUUGGUGGCAGGGGGAAUGAGGCCAGAGAAGUGGCUUUGCAGUACGGCUUCAAAGAGGCUUUGACUCCGAUUGAUGCCGUCAGAGCCAACGGCUCCAUCUACCCGUUCCAUUCAUACACCGAGGAGCAGCUAGAGGACAUUGCGAUGCAUCCUUCCGAGUCGCAUUUGUACGGAGGUUCUGCCAAACCAAUUUCCGCCAUCCUUGUGUUUUCGGACCCGCGUGAUUUUGGUACCGCUACCCAGAUCUCUAUGGACUUGCUCAACUCCGAAGAGGGCUACUUUGGCACCAAGCGAGGCAAUGCACAGUUGGUGGGCAAUGCCACCCCAUCUAUUCCCAUUAUCUUCUCAAACAAUGACUUUCUCUGGGCGAAUGAAUACCCGGUGCUGCGAUUCGGCCAGGGUGCGUUCCGAAUCACGAUGGAGGCGUUGUACAGAGAGAUGAACAAGGCUGAGUUGCAGAGCACAAUCUUGGGGAAGCCGUUUAAAGUCAGCUACGAUUACGCCCACCACGUCUUGAUUGAUUGGAGCCGGCGAUUGGGAUCCGAAAUUCAGCCAGAGACCCAGGUUCUCCCGCAGUUGAACGUGGCCCCGGUGCAGUCUCCGUUCAAAAAGGUCUACAUGGUUGGGGACAACCCGGAAAGUGACAUUUUGGGGGCAAACAACUACGGCUGGGAGAGUUUGUUGUUGCGCACGGGGGUGUUCAGAGACGAAGACUGGGAUAGUAUCGUCGCCAAGCCAACGGGUGGAGUCUUUGAUCAUGUAGAGGAAGCCGUGAGGUUUGCGUUAACCAAAAAUAGGUUGUUGUAA